CAAGCUGAGGAAUUCCCACUUUCUUCUUCCUCCUUACUCUUUGCUCAAAUCAAACCCUUCUUCAGAAAGUUUCACUCCCAAUUAACAUAUGGAAAGCGGCAGGAUCCUCAUAAACUUUAUUAUUAUAGCUUGCAUUUGAUCAUGAUUUGAAAAAACCAUAAAGGUUAUAAGGCAAUGGUCCCCUGAUGUUGCAGCUGAUCAUAACAAAGUGAUCCCACACUUGUCUUGCAAACGUGCAAUAAUGUAGAAGGAUGUGAUUUUACAGAUUCACAAUCCUUGCAGCAUAAUGCACAUCUAUUGACUAAACUUAUAUCCAUCUUUAUCCAGUUUAAUUCACAUUUCAGUCGAGUGUACGUGGAGAACUAGUCAACUUAGUAGCCCAAUAAAAUAUAUGUAUGUUGAAGGAGUCCGGAAGCAAUUCAUUAGGACGGACACUUGAACUUUUUUUGGUCGGAACUAGUCAACUUAUUAGCCCCAUAAAAUAAUUCGUACUCCAACAAGAGAUACCAACGCACAUGCAUGCCAAUUCGCUGGAAACAAUAUGCAAUCGUUCGUAUGGCAUCUCUUCGAUCGGAAACAUACGAUAAAAUUAAACGAUACAUACAAGAUUAAUAUGGUCAGUCAUUGUACAAAAAUGAAACGCAUAAUAUAUAAAAACCGCCAUAUCCCAUAUUAGGGGUGGCUAUACGGUCCGGUUAAAAUGGCCCAAAUUGAUCCGGUCCAGUCCGGUCUCUUUGAAAAUAUAAGGACCGAAGAUUGGAUUGGAUACAGUCCGGUCUUGAUCCGGUCCGGUUUUGAUCCGGUCCGGUCCCAAUUCGGUCUUGAUUUUACAUUGAGAUUGUGGGAUUUGAGUGGCCUAAGGCCUUAAAGGGUGAGGAGUUGGUUAAGUUUUGUACUAAGUGCAAAGGUUUGUGACCGUUUAUGCAAAUUACUCUUAAGUUUUAGGUGUUGAGCUCUCUUAUCCGGUUUUUUACCUCACAUCUAAGCCCAAAUAUUGGAUUGGAUUGUUUACUAUCCGGUCCCGGUCCGGUCUCUGUCCGGGUUAUAUGGUCCAAUUUCCGGUUUUUAAUCCGGUCCCGGUCCAAAUAGCCACCCCUAUCCCAUAUCGGCAAUAAAUAAGCCUAUGUCCAGAAUUCCAAACCAUUCAUCCCUCCAACAAUAUAAUCUACAUUGCAAAUCUCAAUCACUUCACCAGUUUCUUCGUAGCUCAACAACAUGGCCGCAACUAAAACCGCCGUCUUUCUUCCUCUCCUGUUGACGCUACUAUUGGCAGCAUUUUUAUCGUCCUUGGCCGCUGCAGAAUCCCAAACCUCCUUUGCCACAAGGAAGCUGCGUACGAUGAAGAAGAAAGAAAAGCUGACCCAACACCGGCGCGGGCCCCGACCCCACGCUCCUCGUCGUCGCCCCGGUCGUCGAGAACGCCACGUACUACGGCAUGGUCACACUCAACGACGAUAAGCUGACGCUGGGCCCGGACCCAGAUAAUAAUUCAACGUCCGUCGGGAAAGCCCGUGGGCUGUACCAUUUCCCUUCCAACACGACCAGCUUCGUCUACGAGAUGAUAUACAGCUUCGCCUUCACUUACGGAGACUACAACGGCAGCUCCCUCUCCCUUAUGGGUUCCGUCUUCCCGCCACCGUCGGGAGCCGCCAGCGAGCUCUCCGUCGCCGGCGGCACGGGCGUGUUCCGAUUCGCUCGUGGGUACGCCGUCUUGAACUAUGUCUCGUUUGAUCCGCUACGUAGGAUGGUCGUCAACGAGCUCGACGUCUACGUUUCCCAUUACUAGGUUGGGCAUCCAAAUUAAAUCAGCCGAGGCAUAUAUAUAUAUAUAUAUAUAUAUAUAUAUAUAUAUAUAUAUAUAUAUAUAUAUGUUACGGGGAAAUCAUUACUAUAUGUGUAUUUGUACCCGUUUAUGUGUGCUUAUUUAUUCAAUUCUCAAUAGUACUAAUUAAUUGAUAAAAUGUUGUAUUGUUUUCCUAUUUACAUAUAUGUCCUCCUGUUUACCGAGAGAAAAAUAAAUUAAUCUUUCUUAUCUUAUCUUAAAAUAUAUUAAAGCAGUUUAGAAAAUCAACCCUCUCCACGGGGCUAAGAUCAGGUGACUCACAUGGCUAAGUGAAUCUCAGCCACUCAACCUCAUUAAAAUCCAAGGGCUCCUAUUAAUUCUAUUUAAUGAAGGACAAUGCAGUAA